UUUGAGGACGAGACCUCGAGACUCCUGGACCGCCUCUGGUAUUUAACCACCACACCCAUCUCACACUCCAUAGCUGGGAUUGUUCUGCACGGCAUCUGAAAUCUGUUGAUCACUAAAGAAGUCCAGGAUGUCUUUGGUUUCCGAGUUCUUAGGGCAGCUCACUCUCCAGCUGGGUGGUGGAGAGACCACCUACCCUACUGUGGUGCCGGCGCCUAACUUUGAUCCAGAUAAGGAUGCUGUCAGAAUUGAGACCGCUAUCAAAACUAAAGGGGUUGAUGAGCAUACCAUAAUUGAUAUUCUCACCAAACGGACAUAUGACCAACGGCGAGAAAUCGCCUUUGCAUAUGAGAGGAGAGCCAAGAAGGAUAUGAUCUCAGCCCUGAAGGGGGCGCUGUCUGGCACCCUGGAAACAGUCAUCCUGGGCCUCAUGAAGAGCACAGCCCAGUACGAUGCCUCUGAAAUCAAAGGCUCCAUCAAGGGUCUUGGAACCGAUGAGGAGUCUCUGAUUGAGAUCCUCUGCUCUCGAAGCAAUGCUGAGCUCAUGGAUAUUAAGAAAGUCUACAAGGAUUUGUUCAAGAAGGACCUGGAGAAGGAUGUGGCUGGAGAUACUUCAGGAGACUUUGCUAAACUUCUAUUGGCUCUGGUUCAGACCAAGAGAGAUGAGCCCGGAUCCGUCGUUGACUACCAGAAAAUCGAUGACGAUGCCAGAGCCCUGUAUGAGGCUGGAGUCAAACGGAAAGGCACUGAUGUGAAGUGCUGGAUCUCCAUCAUGUCUGAGAGAAGCGUUCCUCACCUCCAGAAAGUGUUUGACAGAUACAAGAGCUACAGCCCUUAUGACAUGCAGGAGAGCAUUCGCAAAGAGGUGAAAGGAGAUCUGGAGAAGUCCUUCCUUACCUUGGUUCAGUGCUUUGAAAACAAACAGCUGUAUUUCGCCAACAAACUGCAAGACGCCAUGAAGAGCAAAGGAGCGAAUGAAAAGGUGCUGACCCGGAUCAUUGUGUCCCGAUGCGAGGUGGACCUCAAGAAGAUCAGACAAGAGUUCAAGGCCCACCACGGGAAGUCUCUGUACCAGACCAUUGCUGAGCACACAAAGGGAGACUACCAGAGGGCCCUGCUGAGCCUGUGUGCUGGAGACGAUUAAGUCGACCAUCCCGACAGAGUUUGAGAAGGGCUACGCGAAGGACUUGAGCUCUGCGCAGGUCCAGACAGAUCUCCAGAAUAUAGUCCCUACCCUGCUGCAGCUUUAGAGACAGUCAUCCAGUAAACAUGCACUCGCUUAGACUGGAAAUAAGCAUGUGUUUUCCAUUAAGGAUUGUAACAUGAAAUACACUCUUAAAAAUAAAGGUUCCAAAAAGGUUUGCCCAAAUAUCAUAGAAGAACCAUUUUCGGUUCCCCAAAGAACCUUUUUCCCAGAACUGUUCUUAAAACCAUUAUUUUUCUUAUUGUGAAGAACAUUUCAAUAAUCUAAAGAACCUUUUUCCACUAUGAAGAACGGGAUGAAAAAAAUUCCAGAGAUAAUAAAAGGUUCUUAAAGGAACCAUCAAUGCCAAUCGAGAACCUUUGCUUUUAAGAGUAUACAAGAUCUAAAGGUGCCAUUUACCCACAGUAAAAUGAAUCGCCAAUAAAGUGAACUGAUAUUGGUGCAUUUAGGUUCUUGCACAAGGAAUACACUUGUACUUUUCUGAGCAGACAUUUGUAAUGUUACCCAUUUUUUCUAUACUGAGAA